GAUGCGAACGCGUCGAGAACGAGCGGGCUGACUGACCCGUGAGCCGCUGCAUCAUCCAGUGAUCCAGCCGCUGCGCUGCUGAAGUUGUGUGGAACGGUGGGACGCGCGAUUGUUCUUGUCGCUUUCUUCAUUUUCGGGAAUCCACGUUGCUUGUCGUGGUUUGCUUGUUUACGUUUGCAUAUGUUUCUUGUGAACUGAGCGGAACUUCGUUCUCCAGAGACUCUACGUAGACUCUAUCUGAAGGGUGUGUGCGUCCAACAUGCCGAAGAAACGUGCAGCCCCAAAAGGGCCGUUUUAUUUCCUCAUGUUAGAAGUCCAGGACAGACGCAAAAAACAGUUUGGCCACUGCACGCUGGAGCAAGCAAAGGACUUCGCUGGCGUUGAGUGGCAGGAAAUGUCUGAAGAAAGACGGAGGUAUUAUGAGGAGAAAGCUAAGCAGUACAAGGAGCAACAGAAGGGCAACCUCUACACAAAGUUCACUUCUGAUGGACGGCCUAUUGCUCUUGUUCUCAAGGAAGAAGAAGACAAGAUCAAAAUGAAGGAAGACAUGAUUCGAGACAUUGAUCAGUUUGUGCGCGACAUUGGUUCAGUUGAAGAAAUAAAGAUGUUCAAAUUCUACAUCAUAUCAUUCAACAUCUUGUGUGAGGUACAUGGCGAGUACCUUCCUCUUGAAAUUGGGGCUAUUGAGUACACAAUACAAUACGGUUUCACCAGGGCAUUCCACAGGUUCAUCGACCCAGGAGAGAUACCCCUGGGAUUUGCCAGCUGCGCAAAGGAUCACAGUGAAGCGACCCAUGGCAUCCCAAUCACAGGAUUCCAAGAGGGGGACCGGAACUAUGGCCGCCUCAUGAAGCAGCUUUGCGACUUCCUCUAUGCAGGUGGUGGUCAACAGCUACCACCACUCUUUUGUACAGAGGAUCACUUAACUCAGACAGAUGGGUGUCUCAGUUGGCUGAAGGGCCGCUCAGGUUUUAAUGUGGACUUCCAAAUAUGGGACAUUAUGCAUCUUCUGCUGAAAUUGAGGCGGGUUGCAGGCAAGGAGUUGUCUACGACAGAGGCAGAAGGCAUUUUGAACUCCGCUAUUUUUGACUAUGAGGUUAAGUCAUUGUGCUCAUACCACGCUGACAUUGACAACAAAAAUUGUGCGCUUGGACAAUGCAGACGUUUAGGAUACAAGCUGUCAAAUGCUCUCUUAAAUGUUUAUGACAUCGAGCACAGUAUCGACUACCAGCACCUGCCCCCUAGGAUUGAUCCCACUAUGAAUUAUGAGAUCACUCAUCUAAAUGUGAAGCCUUCACGUGGUGGUAGACGACCCAUGUCUGCCGGUUCUACAGCAUACGCAGCAUCCACCUUUUCAAGAACAGUAACACCAACAUUGCCAAACUCUUCUUCUACAAUUGUUCCAGUGGCACGGAGUAUCCACGCAGAGUAUCAGGUAGAAAGGGAGGUCAUUCCUAGUGCCCAGUCCCAAGUUUCUUCUGGAAGGCAUGCACCGCAUUCCAUUGAUUACAGGACAGCCAGUGAAGCUGUGAUGGGAGUAGAGUGUGGCAAUCAUUCUGUGCCUUCGCUCAGUGGGGACGAAUUUCCUUCUCUGAGUGACUCCAUGAGGUCCGUGUCCGUGAACAGCACCGCCAACUGUAAUCCUGGGAGCAGGGGACAUUAUGUGCCUCCUCCAAGAAACCUUGGGCCACGAAGUCAGCAACAUUCUCUUGUUUCUCAAGUGGAAGAAAGCAGUGCUGACGACCAGACAGUUCCUGAAGUGGGAACUCCAGUGACUCGUAGCCAGCCAGUAAAAAGCAGUGCCAAGAGGAUUGCAGCACAGUUUCCGACUUCCAUUGGCUCGGGUCAUGGUCUAGGACGUGGUCACACUGUAGCGCAGCGGCCACUUGCUCCUGUUGGUCCUACUGGAGAGAGAGGCCUCGUCCACACACCACCAAACCGCCUACAAGCAGAAAGAAUGGUGGCAGAGUUCUUAGGACGAGGUCUGGGGCGGGGAUCAGCGUUUUGAAGUUUGAAAGAUAAUUUUUAUCAGUUUUCAUCUGCAAGUCGCACCUUCAUGAAAUAUGCUGUAACGCUCGCACUACAGUAGAACCCCUUUACAGUGAACUGGUCAGGACAGAAGCCCUAGAUUUACCAUCUCGGGAAUUUUAUUAUAGCGGAACAUCUUAAAAUCUUGUAACGGGCCCACUAACUGGCACAUUGGCUGUGCACGUUUGCUGAAACCACUCGAGCCACAAGCUUUUUCCCAUUUCCCAUGUUUGGUACCGGCAAUUAUGUCUUUAAUGUGCUUCCCGUUCGCGACUAGGACCGACACCGUUGCUGGUGAGAGGCCGAGCUCAUCCGCAAUUUGUUUUCAUGUUUGUUCGCAUCCCCUCUUUCGAUCAGACUUGCCUCUGGUACAGGCAUUGAAGCAGCCUGCUUUUGAUGAGGAUCAACCGUGCUGUGAUACGGGUAUAACUCCUACGUUCUUGACAAACAAACACAUGCAAACCGCACAGCGCAAGUGACACAAACGUGUGGAGGCGGCAAUGGCGGCAUACCCAGUGCCACUGAACAGGGUUCCCUCCCACGCCUGUUUUUGGUCUGAUUCUCCUGUUUUCAUGUGCCUUACGGCAGCAAUUUUUUACCAUUAUCGGUACCUUGAGUAGUUGCGGCUAACCAUAUCAGUACAUCAAACCAUAGAAGGUGUAAUAACUCAGUUGGGACCGGUGCCUGCGUUGACAAUAACUACAAGCGAAGUUACAAUAAAGGGGCUCUACUGUACUAAUUUUGUAUGCAUUCUUCGUCAUACUUGUGCCUUUUGGGGGUAUCAUCAUCUCAUUGAGAAGUACAGAUUUCUGGGAUGUUAUCCACCGUUAUCCCAGAUGCAGCUGUUGUGCCAAGACGGGUACCUUUUUAUGUAAAUAAAAAUGUGCUGUUGAAGAACUGCA